AUGGCAACACCCAGUACCACUGCAGCCGCCUCAAGGCGUCAAUUUCAGGCUUGCUGCAACUCAGCAGUGCAGCAGAUGACGGAGGCCCUUCGGCUCUCCGCAAAGAUCCUGGAUUCGGCUAGAACACAGCUAGGAGUGAGUGAGCAGCAGCAGCAGCAGCAGCAGCAGCAGCAGCAGCAGCAGCUGUCUAGACACCUCAAUUCCUUUGAGCCUUACGGCAACAUGAGCCCUCUAAAUGGAGCAGCAGCAGCAGGAGCAGCAGCAGCAGCAGCAGCAAAGGAAUAUGAACAGCAGCAGCAGCAGCAAACUAGAGAAGAGGGAUUGCAUGUGCUGCGGGCAUCUUUAGGAGAGCGUGUUGCUUCUGCUGCAGCAGCAGCAGCAGCAGGAGGAGGAGGAGGAGGAGGAGGAGUUCAAUGUAUGGGUGGUGGUGCAUCAGCAGCAGCAGCAGCAGCAGCAGUAGCAGCAGCAGCAGCAGUACAAAGUCAAAGAGGAAGACAAAGAGAGUGUGUUACUAUAGUUAGCGCGCUGCAGCAAGCAGCAGCAGCAGCAGAAGAAACAAACAAACAGCUGCCGGAGUACAUUACUCUGCCUGUUGCUGUUCAGUUGGGUUUAGAGACAAACAGAAGCCCGCAGGAGCUGCAGCGCAUGCAGCAGCUGCAGCAGCAGCUGCAGCAGACCCUUGCACCAGCAGCAGCACCAGCACCAGCAGCAGCAGCAGCAGCAGCAGCAGCAGAAACGCCAGCAGCAGCAGCAGCAGCAGCAAAAAAUAUCCUUAUACGAAAAGCUCAACAAAGGAUGGAGUCGAUCCCCAGACGAUCCCAAGACAGAGCAGCAGCAGCAACAGCAGCAACAGCAGCAUUUGCCCUAAAUGGAGCAGCAGCAGCAGCAGGAGCAGCAGCAGCAGCAGCAGCAAAGGAAUAUGAACAGCAGCAGCAGCAGCAAACCAGAGAAGAGGGUUUGCAUGUGCUGCGAGCAUCUUUAGGAGAGCGUGUUGCUUCUGCUGCAGCAGCAGCAGCAGCAGCAGGAGGAGGAGGAGGAGGAGUUCAAUGUAUGGGUGGUGGUGCAUCAGCAGCAGCAGCAGCAGCAGCAGUCCAGCAGCAGCAGCAGCAGCAGCACCAGCAGCAGCAGCAGCAGCAGAAACGCCAGCAGCAGCAGCAGCAGCAGAAAAAAAUAUCCUAA